AUGUCCUACUAUCCAUACGCGCCGCCGCCGCCGCCAGGAGGAGGACCAUACUCGCACCUCCCUCCGCCCCCUCCGCCGGCAGGAGCGUACUCGCACCUCCCUCCCCCGCCACCACAGGCAGGAUACUACCCUCCACCACCAGCACCAGCGGCACAUCCCCCUCCUCCUGGUCCUUACUCGUCACCGCCUGGCGGCUACGCCCAUGCCUCGCCACCGCCACCACCCGGCAGGCCCCUGCCGCCGAGCCAGGCCAGCACCCACCCCCACCACCAGCACGCGGGCCACGACCACCACGGCUUCGCGAGCACGUAUCAUGGUACCAGCAGCGGGGGUAGCGGUGCCCCGCCUCACCAGCCCCCGGCCCUGUCCCCGCCGCUCUCGCCUUACACAUCUACUCGCGCCCUCCCUCCCCCACCUGCGGCAGCUGUGCUCCCGAGCCCUCCCUUAACUUCUGCCGAUGACCUUGUGUCGCGCAUGGGCUCGAUGGCCAUAGCGCCGAGCGCUACACCCACGGCCGCGAGCUCUACCCCCACCGCCGCAAGCUCCACAGCCAUCGCCCCCAGCUCCUCGUUCACUAGGAUCCCCACAAUGCUACACGAAGCCGGGUUUGGCCCUACGACGCUUGCGUGGCGCCUCGAGGAGCAGUCCCGCACGCCCAUGACCUUCUAUCGCUUCGGCUCGUUCGCCAACAUGCCCAUGUGUGCGGGAUGCUUCAACGAGGUCAGCGGCCCGCUCAUGGCGCAGUUCCAGGCGUACCACGCCGACCCGGGCACCUGUUGCUGGUGGGAUACCCCGAGAAUGCGCAAGCUUGUCGCGGCCGGCAAGCGCGACGAGAUGGAGCACUUCCUCGCUCAUCGCGCCACCGUCAAGCUGUGCAUCGGCUCUGCGGGAAUCACGGAUGCGCGGCCAUUCUACAGGGUGCCGGGGCAACAGGACAUGAUGGUCUGCGCGGGAUGCUACGAGGACUAUAUCCUAGCGACCAUGCCCAACGCCAACUGGCAAGUGGGCUCCCAGACCCAGCCCGGCUGGAUCUGCGACCUCGGAGCCCCGGCGUGCGCGUACGCGUGGGAGAAGCUGGGCCUCGACGCGUGGAUCCGCCUAUCGCAGCAUCGCCUGUCGUUGCCCGCGUGCGACGGAGGCGAGGUGCAAGGUGCCUCGCGCAAGUGGUAUACCACCAAGCAAGCCAUCCCCGGCCUGGUCAUCUGCGAAGAAUGCUACUUGGACCGAAUCGCAUACCGCAGCGCCUUUGCAGACGAGUUUGUUCCUGCGCCUCCGUUCGACCGAGGCGCCUGCGAUCUCUUCGGCACCCUUUCCAAUCUGUGGACAUGGACCCUCGGCGAUGGCGACUUCCAACGAUUCAUUCACUAUGCUCGCAUUGGCCUGCCCAUGCCGGCGUGUACAAGGGAGGGAGGUUCCACAGACGGGUGGAUCACUCUUACCGGACCAACUACCGACUUUGUUGCUUGCACCACUUGUGCGACCCGAAACAUCGAGCCUUUGGGCCUGCAGCCCUUCUUUACUCGCGUACCUCUGGGGGGAACAGGCAUCUGUGAUCUUGGCUUCCCUCUCCACACCAGUGGUCCCCUUCUGAGCAUGUUGCGCGAAAGCGUCAAUCUCGGUCUGUGGCGAUUUGACAACUUCGCAAGGCGCAUCACAAGCCUCCCCGCCUGCCCCUUGAUCGAACACCCCACGGGAGCCACAUGGUACGGCUGGGACCAACUACACAUCUGCCCUCAAUGCUGGGAGGCAUUCGCCGUGGCGAGUCCACUGGCCGCCCAAGCACCCAUUCGAGGGGUGGUUCUAGAGCAAGCCGUCAUCUGCGCCCUGUGGACUCCUCGCAUGCGCGGACUCUGGUGGCAGACAUGCCUUGGUUCCAUGACGCUCACCGAGCUCUUAAACUUCGCCACGGUGCGCGAGCAAGUCUACGCCAACACCAUCAUGAAGAGCAAGCACGAAGUCCGAAUGGCGUCGCUAGAACACCAGCGGGCCAUGUCCAAGAUGCAGUUUGGCCUCAUGGGAAAAAUGGGCGAUAACAUUAUUGGCGCAGCUGGUGGAACAGACUACCUAUACAGCGGCCCCGGGUAUAGCGAGUACAACACGGCAUCUGGAGCUGAAGCGGCAUUCGACUUCAGGAAAGGUCAACGCAUGGGCAUGUCGGCGAACAUUCACAUGGCAAAUGCGAUGGAGCGAAUGAAGUUGAGCUUUGCCGAGUUUGACAAAGUGGCAUGA